AUGUCGACAUCUUCCGAAGCAGAAGAUGACAACUUCAUAGAAGACGUUGAGGAUCAGAAGACGUUAGAAGUGAUGACAUCAUCAUCAAAAUUCAAAAGUCUGGAUGACCUUGUGGAACUUCGUUGGUACUGUCUAUUAGUGCUGUUCAUGGCUGAAAUUACAGCAUUUACUGCAUUAGCAAGUGUCACCAUGAUGGUGUUUGCAGGUGCCAAUCCUACUGUAGUCGGUUGUGACCACACUAUUGUCAACGGGUGCCAUGAGUACUAUUCCCUGCAGAAUCGAUCCGGAUGCACUCCUGUUUUGGAAUACCAGUUUGAAUCGGUACAAGUGGAGUUCAAUUACAUCUGUGAUGACGCCAAAAAAGUGAAGAAUACAAUUACGGUACAGACAUUUGGAGUGUUGAUUGGAGCUGCGAUUUUUGGACAAGUUUCUGAUAAUUUCGGGAGGAGAAAGGCCCUAAUAAUCUCCUGUAUUGGAAAUGCCGUCUUCAACCUUAUCUCAUCAUACUCCCCAGAUCUAUUCUAUUUCGCUCUCUGGCGCACAAUUGCUGGAAUUUUCGCUGGAGGAAUUACUGUCGUUCAAAUGGUAUACAUGGUCGAGAAUAUUCCAAGAAACCACAGAAUGUGGAUUCAGAACUCAAUUACCUGGUCUCCCAAUCUAAUUCUCUUCCCAUAUGUUGCAUGGCUAGCAUACGACUGGAGAACACUUUCAGUCGUUAUUUCAGCUGCCUCUGUACUUUCAUUCUUCGCAUUAAUGCUCCUCGAGGAAUCCCCAAGAUGGCUAGUCCAAAAAGGAAAAAUGGAUGAAGCAAGAAGACUUCUUGUCAAAAUUCGAAAAAUCGAUCGUUUGUAUUCAGAAGAAUUCGAGAAAGAUCUAGAUGAAGUGCUGAGAAUUGAAGCAGAGAAACAUGCGAAGAGUAACAAGAAACAGAAGAAAUACACGUUUAUUCAUCUGUUCUGUACAUGGAAAAUGAUGGCGCAGACGCUUACUUUCAUCGUGGGAAUUAUCUGCACCACAUUCAUUGUCUACGCUCUAAUGUACAACAUGGAGAAACUAUCAGGAUCUCUCUAUUGGAACAGUGCGGCUAUUGGGGCAUCUCGCUGGGUGGUCAAUAUCAUUGUUAGCAUAGCAGACUACAAACUACACUGGUUCGGACGGAAACUAAUCAAUAUUCUAUCGAUGCUCUUAACAUUGGCCAGUUUGGGAGUGAUGGCUGUGUACAUGUAUACAGGACACGGUGGAAGUAUUCUGGCAAUCGGGACUACUGUAGCCAUUGCAAUGUGUUCGCAGUUGUUCAUUGCAAAGUAUUUGAUGGUCAAUGAGUUAUAUCCGACGGCUGUCAGAAAUGUUGCAGUAUCAGCUGUAUCCACGAUGAGCAGAAUUGGAUCAAUGUUUUCUCCGCAGUUGUUUUAUUUGAGUGACAUUGCCGAAUGGAUACCAUAUGCAGUUCUUGUCGGAUUCCAGCUCGUCGAUCUCAUCAUUUUCUGUGUUUUCAUUCCGGAAACGAAAGGAGUUCAUUUGGAGAAUCACUUGCCGCCGAAACAUAAACGCAUUUUUGGAAAACGGACUUAG